GGGAGCCUGCCAACGGUUUUGAGUAUUGGGAAGGGCGCGAGAAGAGGGGUCGUUUGGAUCUUCGCCUAUCGGGUCUCAGGGGGAGGAGGCAUUCCCUAGUUCCCACCUUGGCAAACUGCGGGGCUGAGGACUGGAGGUGUGGGGAGUAAUCGGAACGGGGUGAUCGAGGUAGGGGAUCUCAGGCUAGGCUGGAGCGCCUGAGCGUAUUUUUUAGGGCCAUCAGAGGGCGUGACUUGAGUGUUCACAAACUUUCUUUUGGGGUAGCAGAGAGGGAGGGAUUCUAGGGAGCCGUGCUCCGGCUUUCUUGCCCGGAGGGAUCGGAGGGGAUAUACCAGAGAGUUGAUCCUGGAUGGAACGGGUGAUGGGCGAAGAGGAGAGGUGGGGAGCGUGAGGGUCCUGCCUCGCUGAGACCGGAGCCAGUUGAGGGGCCAUAAGACAGCUGGACGGAAAUUAGGCCCCUGUUGGAUUUGGGUCCGUUUCAGUUUGUGCAUUCUGGCUGGGUGUGAGAACGUAAGAGCUCAGUGGACUAUGAGAGCCUGGCCCAGAAGUUGAACUGCAGCUUUCAGCGCUCCAGAGGAACUGCAGUGGUGCGCCUGCCCCGCAGUAGGUCUUCCAUCCCCACCCGCUCCUUGCUGCACCUGCCUUUUCCACUGUUCCCAGGAGCUGUGGAAAGAAAUCCUUUUGCCCUCUCCCAUGGCCUCUGGAACUGUUGGAAACCUUUCGUUUAACCAGAAAGGCUCCAUACCCUCAUUCAACAAGAAUCCCUCGCUCGGAGUCUUCCUCUUUUCUCCCAAAUCUUCCUUCUCCCGGUACUUACUCCCCUGGGCUCUCCUAAAGCAGAACCAGGAGUUCCCACCUCUGCUGUCUCCAGUUGUCUCUUCCCUGUACUCAUGGCAACAUCAGAUGCCAGCCCCAGUUCACCCCUACGGGCCAAGGACCUCCUGAGUGAGUCAUCAGAAGCCCCUGGGCUGAACCAAGUGUCCUCUGAGGUGACCUCCCAGCUGUAUACUUCUUUGCACCUCAGUCGUCAGGCAGAGAGCACAGCCCGAGCCCAGCUGUAUUUACCUGCCACCUCCCCACCUCCCCAUGAGGUGUUGGAUGGCUUGGCCCAAGGACUGAGUCACAGCUUGUCAGUGGGAUUGGAGAACAACUUGAAGAAAAAGGAUGGUUCCAAGCAUAUCUUUGAGAUGGAGAGUGUUCGGGGUCAACUCCAGAGCAUGCUCCAGACCUCACGUGAUGCGGCUUAUCGGGAUCCCCCGACUCCAGGUGCCGAUUCUGAGAGACGGGAAGAGGACUCCUUUGACAGUGACAGCACAGCCACCUUGCUUAACACCCGACCGCUGCAAGACUUGUCUCCAUCCAGCUCAGCCCAGGCCUUUGAGGAGUUGUUCCCCCGCUACACCAGUCUUCGGCCAGGGCCCCCGCUCAACCCCCCAGAUUUUCAGGGACUGAGAGAUGCACUGGAUUCAGAGCAUACUCGUCGCAAGCAUUGUGAGCGCCAUAUUCAGAACCUGCAGACCCGUGUCCUUGAGCUUCAGCAACAGUUAGCCGUGGCCGUGACUGCUGACCGAAAGAAAGAUAUCAUGAUUGAACAACUGGACAAGACCCUGGCCCGCGUGGUGGAGGGCUGGAACCGGCAUGAAGCUGAGCGGACAGAGGUGCUUCGGGGACUCCAGGAGGAACGGCAGGCAGCUGAACUCACUAGAAGCAAGCAGCAGGAGACAGUAACCCGCCUGGAACAAAGCCUUUCUGAGGCCAUGGAGGCCCUGAGUCGUGAGCAGGAAGGUGCCCGACUGCAGCAACGAGAAAAAGAGACACUGGAGGAGGAGAGGCAGGCUCUAACCAUGAGCUUGGAGCUGGAACAGCAGCGCUGCCAAGUCCUGCAGGAAGAACUGGAUGAGGCCCGGGCGGGGCAACUCAGUGAGCGUCGACAGUUGGAGACACUGCAGGUGGCCCUGGAAGAAGAAAGGCGGAGCUGGGCCCAGCAGGAGCACCAGCUGAAGGAGCGCUACCAGGCGCUGCAGGAGGAGAGCCAGGCUCAGCUGGAAAGGGAGAAGGGGAACAACCAGAGGGAGGCCCAGGCCGCCCGGGAGGCCCAGCAGCAGCUGGCCUUGGUGCAGUCUGAGGUGCGGCGGUUGGAAGGAGAGCUGGAUACAGCUCGGAGAGAGAGAGACGCCCUGCAGCUGGAGAUGAGCCUGGUGCAGGCCCGGUAUGAAAGCCAGCGGAUCCAGAUGGAGUCGGAGCUGGCGGUGCAGCUGGAGCAGCGGGUGACCGAGCGGCUGGCACAGGCGCAGGAGAGCAGCCUUCGGCAGGCAGCCUCCCUGAGGGACCAUCACAGGAAGCAGCUGCAGGAGCUGAAUGGACAGCACCAGCAGGAAUUGUCCACUCAGUUGGCUCAGUUCAAAGUGGAAAUAGCAGAGCGGGAGGAGCGGCAGCAGCAGGUGGCUCAGGACUAUGAGCUCAGACUGGCCCGGGAGCAGGCGCGAGUGCGGGAACUGCAGAGUGGGAACCAGCAGCUGGAGGAACAGCGGGUGGAGCUGGUGGAGCGGCUGCAGGCCAUGCUGCAGGCCCACUGGGAGGAGGCCACCCGGCUGCUCAGCACCACCACCCUGCCGCCCCACCCCCCGGUUCCACCCGCCGGCCCCUCCAGCCCUGGGCCGCAGGAACCAGAGAAGGGGGAGAGGAGGAUCUGGAUGGUGCCCCCCAUGGCCGUGGCCCUGAAGCCCGUGUUGCAGCAGAGCCGGGAAACGCGAGAGGAGCUGCCUGGGGUUCCACCGCCUGUUCUCUGCAGCCCCUCCCCAGAUCUUAGCCUCCUGCUGGGCCCCACUUUCCAGAGCCAGCAUUCCUUCCAGCCGCUGGAGCCAAAGCCAGACCUCACGUCAUCUUCAGUGGAGGCCUUCUCUGCAGUUGGGACCUUCCAUCCAGAUCACCGGGCAGAGCGACCGUUCCCUGAGGAAGACCCUGGGUCUGAGGGGGAUGGCUUCCUGAAGGAAGGCCUGCCACCCCCUUCCCAGCUGCAGGGCCUCAAGCAUUUUUUGCACCAGCUGCUGGAGACUGCACCCCAGAGCCAUGAGAACCCCUCCAUCGACCAGCUUCCCCCUAAGCCUGGUCCUCUGACUGCCCCAUCUUGGGAGGAAACCCCUCAGGUGCCACGCCUCCCGCCCCCCGUCCAUAAAACUAAAGUUCCCUUAGCCAUGGCGUCCAGUCUUUUCCGGGUCCAUGAGCUUCCCUCGGCCCAUUCACAGAGCGGCGGUCCCAGCAGUGGCUCCCCAGAGAGAGGUGGAGAUGGGCCCACAUCCUCGAGGCAGCUGAUGGAAGUGUCUCAGCUGUUAAGACUUUACCAAGCUCGGGGCUGGGAGGCGCUGCCUGCCGAGGAUCUGCUGCUUUACCUGAAGAGGCUGGAACAUGGCAGCGGCGGGACUGACAGCCGAGGGGAAAAUGCCCCCAGAAGGAACACAGACUCCCGCUUGGGUGAGAUCCCCCGGAAAGAGGUUCCCUCCCAGGCUCUCCCUCGUCGCCUUGCUGUAGCCCCUAAGACUGACAAACCUCCCGCUCGGAAGAAAAGUGGGCACCCCGCCCCUGGUGGUGUGAGAAGUCGGGGGGGAAUCUGGAGAUAAGCCCUUCACCUUUUUUUUCCUUGGUCUCUUCUUAUUUUUAUUAUUAUUAUUUUAAUAAAUCUGGUAGUCUGUAUUAGAGUCUCUGACUCAUAGGCACUCAGAAAAGGGAGGAUUUCUAGGAAACUACUUUGUGAAGAAACCUCAUUCUUCUCUUUGAGUAUGUUUUUUAUGUUUCUAUCUCAUAUUCUGUGGAAAAAGACAUGACUGCUUUGAAAGAAAACAGUCUGUGGCUAGACUUCCGAAGUGUAGGUGAGCAAAGGCUCAGUGUUUCCAGAGUAAAACCUACAGAGUGGCUAGCUCUGGUUGGUUGUGGAAUUAUGGGACUCUUAUUUUCUUUUAUAUAUCUCUGUAUUUUCCAACUGUUCUGAAACACAUAUGUGUUACUUAAUAAUCAGAAAAACACUUUUAAUAAAAAAAAGUUAUUAUAUAAAGAGUUUGAGUAAAAAUGUGAUAUUGGGAAGACAGUUUUCUCUUUCAGGAGCAGAUAAUUCUUUCAAUCAUGUUAGUAGGAUUCGAUUCUGCUCCAGCCAGCCCACAUAUUAUGGCUUCACUCUUCUGGCUUUGAAACAUGUAUAAAAGACUAGAGUGCUGGCAAAGAAAAAAAGCCAUGAUUGUGAAAACUUUCAUCCUCAUACCAAAAUGAACAAAGAGAAACAAUAUUAAAGAAGAAAAUGAGAUUAGUGUGAAACUAUGAAAGGCCCCAACUUCGUAGUACAAACCCUGAAAAACCCGUAGAACAGUUUAGAUGAAACUGAAGGAUGGUGCCUUGGGACCCUCCAGCUCCAGAGCGCAGUGCCGAGUGGGGAUGGUGGUAAAUACGAUUCCAAAUGGCCCGGUCCUAGAUGGGCGUUUGAGGGACAGAGCUUACUAGAUUCUGUGAGGAGGGUGGGGUCGUUCUAUGUGCCCCUAAAUUAUUUGGUUAGCUCCGGGAUAGAUUUGACAGAAUAUAGACUCACAUACAGUUUUAUAGUAACAAUAGUCAGCCCUCCAUACCCUUGGGUUCUCUAUCUGCAGGUUCAACAAACUUCAGAUCAAAAAUAUUGGGGAAAAAAAUUACGGAAAUUUCAAAAUGCAAAACUUGCAUAUGCUGCACACUAGCAACUAACUUUUACAUAGCAUUUACAUUUUAUAGCUAUUUAUAUAGUAUGAGAUAAGUAAUCUAGAGAUGAUUUCAAGGGUAUGGGAGGGUGGGGACCUCCCUGGUGGCCCAGUGGCUAAGACUCCCAAUGCUGGGGGCCCCAGUUCAAUCCCUAGUCAGGGGGGCUAGAUACCACAUUCUGCAACUAAGCAUUCCACAUGCUGAAAUGGACUGAAGAUCCUGCAUGCUGCAACUAAGACCUGGUACAGCCAAAUAAAUACUUUUCAAAAAUAAUAAAGUGUCCAGGAGGAUGUGCACAGAUUUUAAUGCAAACCUUUUGUUGUUUUUUAUGUAGGACUUGAACAUCUGUGGAUGUUGGUAGUUGCAGGGUGUCCUGCAACCUUUUCCCUACUUUUGAUAUCAAGGGACUACUGUGUUUUUUUCCACCUUUAAGUAACUUUCUAGCUCCCAGGGGAGGAAAGAGGAGAAGAUGAGAAACCCACGAGCAGCAGGUGUGCUGGUUCUCUUGCUCCGGCUCAAGGGAACAACUUGUCUCUGGUCCUGCCUGGUAUCCUGGUAAAGAAAUAAGAGUUGCACCAGCUUUUCAAGGCCAAUCUCAACUCACCUUUGGAAAUGUUUGCUUUUCUUUUUUACCUCAAGUGCCUAGAAUUAUUUGACCAAACUCUGUGAUUGAUGGCAUAGUACCAGCAUUGGGAGGAAAUAGAUUUAUACUAUUUUUAAAAACUGGCAAAAUGAACACCCAGUCUUACCUCAUUAUCUUUUGGAUUCCAACCUGCCACCCUCAGUCAACAUGCCCUACAUUUUUCUUGACAUGAAGGACGGUGUGGAGAAUAUUUCCCAGCUCUCCAGAACUAAAUCAGAAAAGGGCACAGUGCUGACUUAACUAUUUUGUGAGCUAGUUAUAGUAAGACAAUUUUGAUCUUUUAAAAAUAUAUUGUGCUCCCUUUAAAA